AUGAGUGAGAACGCUAACAAUCAGGCGCUUUCGAUUGUUUGGCUCGAUGAUUCUGACGAAAAUUCUCAAGAAAAUAUGAGCAUUCAACAACACUUACGCGCCCUUAGUAGUAAUUUUAAAAUGUUCAAAGCUAUAAACGAUUGUGAACAAUAUCUGAAGAAUCAGCCUGAAACUACUCCUAUUUCAUUAAUUGUUAGUGGUAGAUUGGGUAAAGAUUUAGUACCUGUUAUUAAUUCGUUACCACAAAUCAUUGUCAUUUAUAUAUACUGUUACAAUGUACAAGAACACAAAUUAUGGGCUGUAGAAUAUGAUAAGGUCAAAGGUGUUCAUGCGAUAUUUGAUGAAAUUAAAAUACAGCUUGGCAAAAGCCAAACGAUUAAAAAGCAAUCGUCAAUAGUCAAGAAUGUACCAACAACCGAUUUUUUACCAGAAACAAUUUCAAGAUCUGAAGUCACAUAUGCAUUAGACUUAUCAUAUUUUAUUGCUGAGGCUUGCUUUGAUUAUUUUGGUCGGAUGGCAGUUAUAUCAAAAACUAAAGAUGAUUUUAUUUCCUUAUGUAGAAAUGAAUUGAAAUCAGGAAGUACUCUGUUAGGAGUUAUUCAGGAGUUUCAAGAUGGCUAUGCUGCAAAUACAGCAAUAGAUUGGUUCUAUAGAGAUCCAUUCUUUUGUAGUAUCGUCGAAAAUAUUUUUAGAGCUUCCAGUAUAGAUACGAUGUUACCCUGUCAAUUUUUAAUACACGAUAUUAAAAAACAACUGGACGAGCAUAAAUUUACAUCAUCUGUUGUAGUCUACAGUAGUGGAGUGAUGCCAACAGAAACAUUGACAAAGAUGGACGAAUUUAUUGGAAAAGUUAUUGCAUUCAAAUCAUUUCUUUUAGCAAAUUUGGAUCGUGAUAAAGCGCUUUCAUGUACAUCAAAUUCAGGUUCGUCGGAUAGAUGUAAACGCAUAUUAUUCAUAAUUGAAGCUAAUCCGAAUAUUGAAAAUGUUAAAUCAUUUGCUAAAAUUGAUUCCUUUACUAAUCGAGUCAGUCCAGGUUCUGUACUCUUCAUGAUUGGAUCACUUUUUAAAAUUAUCGAAAUUAAACAUGAAGAAAAUAAUAUAAUAAAUGUGAAAGUAUUGCUUUGCGGAAACGAUAGUGAGAAUAGCACAAAAACAUUAUUCGAUCGACUCAAAGCCCAGUAUAUUGAUAGCAACGGAGAAACUGAUCUUAUUGGGUUUGGCCAAUUUCUGAUUACUAUUGGUAACUCAAUGGAUGGUAAACCAUUAUGCGAUGAAGGUGAACGUUUGAUUAGAUCUUAUGUUGAUCAAUUGCCAGCAGAUGAUGCCAGCCGUCCUCGUGGUUAUGAUGCAUUAGGGGCAAUACAUUUAAGCAGAAGGGAUUUCGGUGAAAGUCUCAAUUGGUUUAAAAAAUCACUCGAAUUUGAGAAAGAAAAACUGCCACCAAAUGAUCUAAGACUUGCUGAAAGUUAUCAGAAUAUAGCAUUAGUUCAUGUUCAAAUAAAAGAAUUUACACAAGCACUCGAAUAUUUCAAGCAAACUUUGGUUAUUUGGAAGGCAUCUUAUGGCGAUGAUCAUCCUAUUCUACUGCCUUGUUUAACUAAUGUGGCUAGUAUCUAUGAACAGGAGGAAAAAAUAGAAGAAGCAACUGCAUGUUAUCAUCAAAUGUUAGCUAUUACAAUAAAGCAUCCUUUGACUGAUCCAUGUUGGUUUGCUGCUGUGUAUAAUAAUCUUGGUAAUAUGCACUAUCGGCUUGAAUCUUAUCAUCUUGCAUUGGGAUUCUUCAAAACAUCAUUGGAAUUCAAAUUAAGAUUUCUUUCGAAUGACCGCCCAUCGAUAGCACGUACAUAUACAAAUAUUGGACUCGUCUGUGAAUCAAUGAGUAACAUCCAAGAAUCACGAGAAAACUUCGAAAAAGCAGCAAAUAUUUAUAAUGCAUUAUAUGCAGCCGAUCACGAAUGUGUUAAAAAAAUUUCAGAACUUAUUCAAAAUUUACCGACUCAAUCUGCAUAG